AUGACUUCAAGAAAGAACAUUGAUCAUUGGCUUGAAGGAAAAGGAAAAAUGUAUCAGUCGAAUACAUAUUCAAAAGAGCAAAUUCAUGACGCAUACGAAAAGUAUGUCAAUACUUCUUCCAGUGGUAGGUCAUCAUCCAAGGAUUCGAAUAUCUCAGUCAAAGCUUGGAGACCAGUCACAAAAGCAAAGCCAGUUCAGUCACAAACUCAAAAAGCGAAGGAUCAUGCAGUUGAUGAUGAAGUUCAUGCUCCUGAUAAUCACAUACCAGAAUUUGUAAAGUUAACUGAUGAAUCUACUUCAACUUCACAACAAAGUGAAAGUAUGCAAAACAGUCAUGUGGAAGGGGAGAAAUUGGAUUCGAAUACUUUAAAUGAUGAAGAGCAUUCUUUCGAGGGGGAGAAAGAUCAAAUGAAUAUUGAAGUUGAGGGGGAGCAUAUUGUUGAGGGGGAGCAUAAUGUUGAUGAUGCUUUUUCGAAUGCAGGCUUAGAAAAUGAUGAAAUAUACGAAGAUGCACCUUUGGAAUUUGAUCCAGCAUAUCCACCAAUGGAAAAAAGGACAAGAGAUCAUCCGAAGGAUCAAAUUAUGAUGAUGAUUCAAAGGGGACAAAGCAAGCAGUAUAAGGGUCAGUCCAUUGACUCUUCUAUUCUAACGAGAAUUUUGUUGCCUCGCGAAGAAAAGAAAUCGAAAAAGUCAAAGAAGGUUGCUCCUGCUUCACCUGAACAGAAAAUAAAGGGUUUGAAAUCCUCAAAGUCUCCAAAGAAGAAGACUGCAAAUGUUGAGGUAACAGUUGAUGCAACCCAAGUGAUUGAGCCAAUUGUUGAAGAAACUCAAGAGAAUGUGAUUAUUCCUUCGAAAACUGGGAUGUUUCGAAGAAUCAAGAUAAAAUAUACUCACAAACGCAAGUCUCUAUCACAGUAA